CACAACACGAUUGGCUGCACGCAUUCGGUAUAAUGUGCGCGCGGGGCCAGCAGCUCUGCUCUCUCUUCAGCACCGCUGAUUGUGAUUGACAGUUCCAUGGCCACCUCGAGGAGCCCCGACGGUCACGGGGCAGCUGCUCCGUGCCAGCCCUCCUCUUCCGCCUCCUCCUCCUCCUCAGUCGAGAGCGGGGGCUACGUGGAGCCCGAUCCGGACCCGGGACUCCUCUUCCCGGUGACACGGUCCUCCCUGCUGACUCACCGUCUCCUGCGUUUGCGGGCCAACGCGAGCGGUCCCGCGGCACGCCGCAAGAGGGAGAUGAUCCCCCCGGACAAGAAGGAUUCCGCCUACUGGGACAAGCGACUCAAGAACAACGUGGCGGCCAAGCGGUCCAGGGAGAAGAGGAGGCUGAGCGACCUGAUGCUGGAGGGUCAGCUGCUGGUUCUGAGCGAGGAGAACGCGCAGCUGCGCGCGCAGGUGCUCAGCAUGCAGUAUCGAGGCGACCUGAGGGCAGAAAGGAGCAAAGCGGCCUCCGCACCGGGUUCUACUUUGCCCCCAUCACCUCGACCGGUUCACUCCCCUGCCCUCUUCCAGCCACGACUCUGGGGCCACAGCAGUGGCGGUGGCCUGGCUUCAUUCCUGGGCGUGAGGCAACAAGAAACAGCCAUCCACCCGUUUCAGGCCAAGAUGCCUUGCUUGAGCUCACCAAGAGGCGUUGGUGGUUUUACUCCACACGGUUAUCACAACUGUGGCACGCAGCGAGGCAUCACCCCCUGCGGCCUCUCUCCCGGAGCUGCGUUGGAGGCUGGGAGGUCAGCAGAGAUGGAGGCUCAGCGACAGGUCUCCUCCAGCGACGACAUCCACAACCCCGCCGAGGCAUUCACAUCCACGCCUGACGCACUCCGCCACUCGUCAAUCCUGUCACACAGGAACUGGCUGGUGCCCCAUCUCAAUCACUCGGCAGUGAUGUACAAUAACUUUCUGCUGCCUUGGCGGUCGUCCUAUCUGGCCCCACCGGCCGUCUACCCGGACCUGCCUCUCUACAUACGUGAGAAACCAGGCCAGGGUCUCGGCGUGGAGGCGGACACUCUGUUCAAGAGCCGUGCACCGGCGGGGCUACACCUCAGUGCUGAUGGACGCUGACAAAACAAAGCCUAUACUGUGCAUUUGAUGUCUUAUAAAAAUGUAAUUACAGCUGUGGAUUAUUUAAAAAACAGCCAAUUAAUACAAAAGAGCCUUUAUAAUUUGACAACAAGGGUUUAAAAAGUUCAAUAUUGUUCAAUGACUGGGUCAUAUUUGCUCAGAUUACAGCGGGCUCAAGCUGUACCGUAAUAUACAGAAUAUUCUAAUGCAGCCCACUGUGUGGAUUUGCUAUCUGCUUUCUGUGGUUUCAAACGUGUUUCUAUUUUCUUCUAUCAGCGGUUACAUUGCAUGCACAGACCAGUGCUUUAGAAUAACUCUGUAAACUUUGUUAGCAAUAUAAUAAUGCAGCCAGUUUCAAAUAUUUCAUUAAGUACACUUUGAUUCAUGAAAGUAAUAACGACUGACGAUUAAAAACGUCAUUCCAGGUCUUUUUUGUUCUGAAUAUAUUAGAGGCAUAUUGGGUAGAUUGUGGUGGGGUUAAGAUUCAUAAUUUGUGAUUUCUUUUUUUUUUAUACUGUUUAUCUGCGGUGAACAACUUCGCCAGCGAAACUGAGUGCGUGGCAUUUCCCUUUAUCCGCACUGCGUGAUUUCCCAGCAGCCUGUGAUUCAAUGGAAAAACAAACGUUGAACCGCUCAUUUGUAGGCUUGCAGCUCUGUAGCACCGUCCUCUGUUGCAAGAGGGGACGCAGUUCUUUUGUGCUUUAAUUUUUGUUUAAGUCUGGAUAUCAAUACAAUGACUAAAUGCUUGCAAAAUGACUGCAUGUGCACGUCUGUAUUGCCAAAUACAUGAUUACAUUAUUUUUUUCACCUUUAAUGAAAUUGUCAACAGUUUAUGUCAUAGAUCUGCAAAAUGUUUCUUCAGCAAAGGUUGGAG